AGAAAUAUCCUUGCGAGUAAUCUGGGAUGUUAGAGUAUCUAACUCUGAGUGCAGUCGCUUAACCUCAUCUAUAAGUUGGUAUAUAUGUUUGGAAAGUUUCUCUUUAUCUUUAUUAGAUCGAUUUAGAUCCCGUU